AUGAAGCUGUCAAUUUCAGCAACGACCGUGACGGACCCUAAGAGUCUCAUUACGGAGGAAUAUGUUAAGAAAGCUCUCAUAGCGGACAAAGGAAUCCAGGCUGUCUUAAAAUCCUGGAAGGUCAUUGAUUUCACCAAACGCGGAGAUAACUAUGCCAGUGAAGUAACAAGUGUAGAAGUCAAAUAUUCUCUGAAUGACAAGGAAGAGUUUGUCACCUAUGUCGUAAAACUGAAUCCUCAUAGGAAUUUUGGAGAAUUUCAAGAAGCAGAACCAUUUCUCUUUGAAAAGGAGGGCAAAUUUUAUAAAGAACUUAUGCCAGUGCUGAAUGAAGUUCUAAUGUCUGCAGGCCAAAAGCCUCUACGCUAUGCUAAGUGUUUCUUUGUUUCCUUAGAGGAGGGAAAAGAACAACUUUAUUUUGAAGAUCUAAGAGCAAGAGGUUUCAAAAUGUUUGACAGAAGGAAAGGUAUGGAUGAAUGUCACAUUGCUCUCGUUUUUUCCGAGCUUGCCAGACUGCACGCUGCAUCUUAUCUCCUGACAAAGAAGGUUCUGAAAGGAGAGUCUGCUGGAGCAAGAUAUGAAUUUCUGUCUAAAGAUCUUUUGGAUUUUACCCCAAAUACCAAAGAAUUAUUUGUGUCAUGGAUGGAAAGAUGUGUUGAUACCGGGGUAAUAAUGUUGGAUAAAAUUGGUGGUUACGAAACUGCCAGUGCUUGGUUGAAGUCCUUGAGAUCUGAAAUUGAAAAUAUUUUAUCUUCAGGAAUACAAAGUACAAGAUCAGCAGUAUAUGCCAUGGGGACAUCUGGAACAACAAUGUUCUAUUUAGAUAUAACACUGAAGGUCGUCCAGUGGAAGUUAUGUUGUUAGACCUUCAAAUGUGUCGUGAAGCUUCUGUUGCAAGUGAUCUGAAUUACGUGCUGUGUACAAGUGUCAACGGAGACGUGAGGAAACCAAAACUCCGUCAUUUCCUAUCUCUGUAUCAUUCAACCUACAAGGAAGUCCUAGAAGGGGGCGAUAUGCCCAUGCAUUUUACUCUGGAAGAACUCGUGGAGGAAUACAGAGACAAGAAUAAAUAUGGAUUGAUAUUUGCUUUAGUUAUCAUACCAAUUAUAUUGGCAGAACCGGAGGAAGUUCCAGAAAUGUCAGACACAGACAUUGACACUCUUAUGAACGACUUCAAGGCAAUAGCUUUAGAAAAGCUCAAAACAAAUCCCCUGUGUAAACCUCGCUUCCUGUCAAUUUUUGACGAGUUUAUGGAAACAGGUGUCAUCGCAUGAUUUUUGCUGUAGGCCAGAUCUAAUUCCAUCAAUGAAUGAUUCACUGAAGACAUGGCAUGCAAUAUCUGUUUAAUCAUUUUACUGUUAGAUUUAUGCAAAUAUAUUAAUUUAAUUUUACUAAACCAGAUAAUAUACUGGGGAAAUUGAUGUCUGCUAAGUGCCAACAUUCUUAGGUCUUCCGUUAUAGCUUAAUCAGAGUAAGCUAAUUUAUUCCUCCUAUACAAUUAUUAUAAUUCUGUUUAGAAUUCCUGCAAGCCUCGCUUAGAUUACUGAAUGACACUUAAGUACUGAAUGAAACUUUCCACGUUGUCUCUUUUUUACAUUUUAACAAAAUUUACUUUCAACUUACCUAUUCACUUAAUUACUGAAUGACACUUUCCACGUUGUCUCUUUUUUACAUUUUAACAAAAUUUACUUUCAACUUACCUAUUCACUUAAUUACUGAAUGGCAUUUUCCACGUUGUCUCUUUUUUAUAUUUUAACAAAAUUUACUUUCAACUUACCUAUUCACUUUUCUCUUUAUGCUUCAGAAUUUGGUCCUUGAAAUAUCACAUGAUUUACCCAAAAGUUAGAGAAUCUUUCAGCGACCUCAAAAACGUUAACUUUCGAAAAUCCGUUUUCUUUAGAUGCUGGCCAUUGGUGUAAUCCAACCGUAACUUCAAAGUUUUCUGUUUCCCAAAUUCUAAAUUCCCCCUCCCCCGCCAUUUCUCUCUCAACAUUCUUCCUAAAUUGCUCCUCCUUUUUUCCCUUAAGGUACCAAAUCUUAAUUCUAGAUCGCCUCUUUCUCUUCUUUAGUAUCUUACCUCUCAUUUUAAAAUCCAUCACCACCAACCUAUGUUGUUUAAAACCCAAGAUCCUUUUACAGAUCGUCACAUAGCUUUUGUCAACUCCUCUAACCAGGAUGUAAUCAAUUUGGCUUUGCACUCCUCCACUUUCAUAAGUUAUCAAGUACUUAAUCCAUUUCUAAAACCAUGUGUUCAUACUUGCCAAUUCAAAACUCUGAGAAUUUCAAUAUAUAAUCCCCAUCUCAAUUUGUACUCCCAAACCUAUCACCUCCGUAUACCUCCUCGUACCUAUCUCUUCUCUUUCCAACCUUGCCAUUCAUAUCAGAUCCUAUUAUCAAUUUAUCCUCCUCUCUCACUGUUCUAAUGACAGCCUCAAACUCUUGUUUACCAUUUUAUCCCCUAAUAUUAUCGGAAUAUUUAAAAGCCUAUCAUUUACUCUCUUUACUUCUACGACUUUUUCCUCACAAUUGUUACUUACCAUACUUCCAACUCCAUUCCUCCCGUCAUGACCUGCUGUAAUAGAGCUUAUACCCAUCUCCUAUCUCCCUAGUUCCACUUCCUUUCCACCAAGUAUCCUCCACACAAACAAGAAAUCUAUCCUCCUCAUCUCAAUCACAUCUAUUAUCUCCCUUAGUCUUCCUGUUAGAGUAUCAACGUUCCACGUACCUGCUCUUAUCUUCCACUCUUUCACUAACUUCUUUUGCUGCAGUCCUGUAUCCUGUGGUACCGCUCGCCCAUUUAUCACGCCAGUAGAGGGAUUCUGACGCGCGUCGCUUACAGGGGACGCCUGCAUUUAUAUUCCUUAAAACAUCAGGCAUGGUUUAUUUUUGGCAAAGGGGUUUUUACGACCUCAUACCGUUGCUAUCAUCAACCAUAGUUAUAGGCGGUGGACCCCUCCUUUGACCAAAAAAAAAGUUCGCCAGCAAGGCAGCAAUUUCCAGUUAUUGGCAAUGGGUCCAGCCUUUUUCUAAAAUGUAAGACUGCAAGGCAGCAGUUCCCACAAUUAGCAGUGGCCCCAGCCUUUUAUUAAAAAGUAAGACUGGAGGGCAGCAGAUGUCAUUUUAGUCGCCUUUUACAACACUCAGGACCAUGGUGGUAGUAUUCCUACUCCUACCAUAUGGGU